ACCUAGUAAGCCGGAAAUAGAUAAGGAGUCGAGUGUAGUGAAGUGCGAACACAACGAAAGGAUUUUCUGCUUCAAAGCCAGGGAAAUUUACUUCAGAAGUUCGGAUUGAAUUCUGUUACAAGCUAAUCUAUUUUUUCGGAAAAGGUAAUCAGUCCACUAUCACUCACUGUCUGCUAUAAGCUGUCUUCGCUGUCUAGUGGCUGGUGAAGACUCCCAAGAUUUCAUAGAGAGUGACAAUGGCUGGUGCACCACCACCACUGCCUUCAUCAAGGCCCAAAGGAGCUUAUGUACCACCCCCUGUACCGUUCAAUCGUCCUAAAGUUGCGUAUGUGCACCCUCUCCCUCCCUCCACACCGGUGACAAGCCAAGAAGAUGUUCACAUGAAACCUGGCCAACAAUCUGCUGUGAUAAGCAUGGAUGAGCGAGAUGCAGCCCCAAAUAGUUUAGGACAGCAGUUGCAGGCAGCGCUUCAAAAUAGGAUGAUGAAUAACUUAAAUGAUAUCUCCAGUAAACCUAAACCACCUAAUAAGCCGAGUGGGGUGGAAGCGCCAAGACCAGUUCCAUCUCAGAGACCAGAUCUUUCACACAAAACGGCACCGCAAACAAACCCCAUCCCCAGAAAUAGACCAAUGAGCUAUAGUUCCUUUGGGGACCUAUUUGGUGGUAGCACUAACAAACAGCAGCAGCAGCAACAGCAAUCUGCUUCACUUUCAAACCAAACCUCUCAUACAUCAUCAUCAUCAUCAUCUUCAUCAUUUAAUCAGUUAAGUGGCUUGUUUGGUUCCACAUCUUCAUCCUCAUCCUCCACAGGAUCAAACGUAACCCUAACAGCCACUUCAGAGCAGAAAAAGGCUGCUGCUAAUUUCUCCUGGAAUGUUGCUAAAGAUACCUCUAAGAAUGUGAGUGCUAAAGAUGCCUUCAGUGUAGGAAGUCUGUUUGCAUCUUCCUACGCCAACAAGGGUAAAGUCAAUGCUAGUCAGGAUCAGCAAGCAGCUCUGGGACGUAUCUCAGGUCAGGUCGGACAGAGCGCUGCCAAGAAUGUCACGGCAGAGGAGAUAGGCCAUGCUACUAAUUUUGCAACCACAAAUGCUGUGAACAAUGCUACCAGAAAAGCAGAACCAGGCAGUCAGCAAAAAUCCUCAAUAGAUCUAAUUGCUCAAAUGAUGGGAAGUAAAGGAGGAGUACCACCCCAAUCACAGAAUCCUGCCGCUAGAGCCAGACCAAAGCCGUUGCAGCAGAAUGCCCCAGCACAACUGAAUCUUGCGUCUGGUCUGCCACCCCCUCCCUCUCCUACACCGCGUCAGAAGGUAGCCCCUCAGUCCCAGAGGGUUGCGCCUCAGCCCCAGAGAGUUGCACCCCAGCCCCAAUCAAGCCAUAGAUCAGCACCAAGAGCUCCACCUUCCAAGACCAAGCCUCAAGGAGGAGGAGGCUCUCUGAUUGACUUUGAUGCAUCAGACCACCUCAAGUCUGGACCACCAGGGUUACCCAAGUCCAAGGCUCAGGGUGGUGCAGGAGGUAGGAGUAAGCCCACUAUCAUCAGACCCAACGCUGGUAACAGUAGAUCUUCAUCACCUGCAGUGGAACAGCAACAGAAGAAGAGCAAACCUCCACCAAGGCCUGUUGGUGGUCCACCUACCAAGAAGAUGGCUCCAGCCAGACCCAACGCAGUCCAUGGUACCCGCUCAGCUGGCAGUACACCACCUAGACCAAGUGGACUACAACCAAAGAGGAAAGCACCUCCUAGACCUGGUAGUCAGAAAGGUAAGAAGAUGGCUCCUAAAGGCCCAGGUGGAGGAGGAGGAGCAGCCAAGAAGUUACCCCCAAGACCAGGACCUGGACAUGCUCUUUAUAAUAAAUAUAUGGGAUCUGAACCUCAUGCUGUCGCCACGUUUGAUUAUCAAGGAGUAGAAGCAGAUGAACUCUCUUUCAAGACUGAUGAUGUCAUCAUCCUUGUGAAGAGGAUUGAUGCUGAUUGGUUGGUUGGAAAAUGCAAAAAUAAGGAGGGAAUGUUUCCGGUUCAGUUCGUCAAAGUUGUGAAAGAUCUCAACGAAAUUAUGGAGGAGGAUUACGACGGUCCCCAAGCCGUAGCAAUCUAUGGUUUCAUAGCGUCUGCAGCUGAUGAGAUUGGCUUUGAAGAAGGUGAUACCAUCAAGCUAUUAGGAACCGUCGGUACUGUAUGGUUUAGAGGAGAAGUGAAAGGAAAGUCUGGUAUCUUCCCAUCAAAUCAUGUGGAAGUCAUUGUACCUCUACCAGGCGGCUCUCCUUCCAUUGAUAGUAUCAGCAGUGGUCCUCGCUGUAAAGCCAAGUUUGAGUACACCGGCAGCAGCGCGGAUGAUCUGACGUUCAGCGAGGGCGCUAUAAUCAAACUAACAGGCCGAGUAGGUGAUGAAUGGUAUAAUGGUGAGCUGAAUGGACAAUCUGGUAUCUUUCCUGCUGCAUUCAUUGAUGUGAUAGAAGAUCUACCAGCUGCAGUUCGGGCAUCACCAACUACAGGAAAUGAAGUUCGUGCACUGUUUGACUUUGAUGGUGCGGACAAUACCGAGCUCACUUUCAAAGAUGGAGAUAAGAUCACAGUGACUGCUCAGGUAGGUACUGAUUGGCUGGAAGGAGAACUCAAUGGAAAGAAAGGAAGAUUCCCUGCUGCCUUUGCAGACAGAAUACCCUCUGGGCUCCCACAAGCUACGGAUAGAGAGACCUCUGGAGUUGAUCCACACUGUGUGGUGUCCUUUGACUUUGAGCCUGCUGGUGAGGAUGAGAUCAAACUCAAAGCAGGCGAGAAGGUCACCCUCCUGGAGAGGAUUGGUGAAGAUUGGCUCCGGGGUAAGGUCGACUCACGAGAAGGUAUCUUCCCUCGGUCGUUCGUUGAUGUCAUCAUUGAUCUCCCGUCUGCUGGAGCUACACCCUCUACUGCUAAGGCUUUACACGACUUUGAUGCUGAAGAUGCAGAUGAACUGAACUUCAAAGCUGAUGAUGUGAUUACAAUCACAGAGCGUGUUAACGAUGAAUGGCUGAUGGGUACGGUUAAUGGCAAGUCUGGUCGAUUCCCUGCGGCAUUCGUUGAACUCUCAUCAUGAUCUGCACGUGAAAUUCCAUCAUCUAGAGAUAACUUCCCACUGCACCCUGUUACAAUGCAAUUAA